UAAAAAGCAAAAAUUCUAAUCAUUCUUAUAAUAAUAUUUAAACUUGUAUUGUGGGGUUGGGUGUUGGGAGGCCCGCACAAGUGAGUUCUGCAAAGUAAGCAGCGUCAACACUUGGCCAGCCUAUAACCCCUCCACAAAUUACUGCGCACAAAAUGUGAUAGGCGCGGCGAGCAGCUCCCACCGCUCGCUUUGUUUUCCUUACUCAUUAGUUUAAGGCAUCUUUUAAUUGAGCUCCCAAUCUUAUUCUUAUAAGUUUUAUUUCAAUAAGGAUUUACUUCAAAAUCGAUGUGGGACUCUGAAAUGAUGACGAGGCAGUAAUUAGAUUUGGAAUGGGUUGUUUGUUGUCCUACCUAACUAGCUCAUUACAUCCCAAAAUCCUAAAACUAAAAAGCAUUGUCAGGUUCGCCCUUCCUCCUCCAUCUUCUUCAUUUUCUGGGUGUUUUUUUAUCUUCCAUUUAUUUGGGUUAGUUUAUAUGAUUUUGAUUCAUCAUUGAAUGUGUAUCAAUCACUGAAAUUAGUUCUUUUUUUUUUCCUCAAAAUUAUGUAGACUUCUUAUUGAAAUUUGGUAUAGUGUGUAUUUCUCUCACAAAAUGAUUUGUUUAGUACUAUCGAACUGAUUUGAUGAUAUAGGAGAUAUUGUUUGUUCAGUUGAUCUCACUCUCAGUCAUAUCUGUAUUUUUUAUAUCCCAUGGUUUCUUCAACAAUCACUGUUUCUAAAUUCACAGAGAAACCCUUAAACCCCUAAACCCCUAUACUCUCUCUCAUUAGAGAGAGAAAGAGAGAGAGAGAGAGGGGAACCCAUUCUGCAUCCAUAUGGAAACAAUUUAGACACUUGGUGCUCCAUUGAGAAUAAGAGAUUCAAGUUUGAACCUUGUCUCAUCCCAAUUCCCAACCCCUCUCACGGAGUCUCACCACUAGACCAAAUCAAACCUAGUGGGUUAUGGAAAUUUUUGUUUUUGUUGUUGAAAAAGUUAUACGAAACUGAAGCAUGUCAGAUUGUUUCUUUCUCUCUUUUUUGUUAAUAAUUGUUUUAGAUAAUUGAGAUAUGGCUUUUGCUGUAACACAUUCCGUUAGCUCAAACUUAUUAUGUCCAACACAUGACAAGUUAAGAAAGCCACGCCAACAAAGGCGUUCCCUCCAAAAGGUGCAGUCAACUUUGAACAGAGUCGAUUUUGACACUCAAAAAGUCACCUCACGAAAUUCCUCAACCAGGAAAGACUGUGAGUGUUUUGAUUUAUAUGAAAAGAUAAUUCCAUAUGGAAUGGCAUGGUCUUGGCAGAAAAGAUUAGUGAAUGAGAAAAGGGAUAUGAUUCAAAGGAAGGAAGAUUGUCCUGACACUUUGAUUGUUCUUCAACACAACCCCGUUUAUACAUUGGGUACGAGUAGUUCUGAGAAUUUUCUUAAUUUCGACUUGAAGAAUGCUCCUUAUGAAGUACAUAGAACUGAACGUGGUGGUGAAGUUACAUACCAUGGUCCUGGCCAACUUGUCAUGUACCCCAUUAUAAAUCUUCGGAAUCACAAGAUGGAUCUACACUGGUACCUUAGGGCACUAGAAGAGGUAGUCAUUCGCGUUCUAACUAAAACAUUCUCUAUCAAGGCUUCUCGACUUGAGGGCUUGACUGGUGUUUGGGUUGACAAUCAGAAACUAGCAGCCAUUGGAAUAAGAGUUACUCAAUGGAUAGCAUAUCAUGGCCUAGCACUGAAUGUCACCACAGAUUUAACCCCUUUUGAUUGGAUAGUCCCCUGUGGAAUUCGAGACCGGAAAGUUGGAAGUAUUAAAAAUGUACUUGCAGGAUUCCGUUCAUCGAGUGAUUGCGCUGAAGCAAAUGUAGAUCAUCCCAAUGACAGCCAGCUUCUUAAUAUUGCUCACGAGUCUUUGCUCAAAGAGUUUUCAGAAAUGUUCCAGCUUAGAAUCCAACACAAAACCAUCUCUGAAUUGGAGUUUUAAAUGGAGUUUCAGCUGGUUUAUGGUAUAGGCUUUGAUAGGUAGGAAGGGAGCCAAAUCUUCUGUCCCACUUCUUGUGUGUCCCCAAGUCUCAAUCCAAUUAAAAUAUUACAACUCAUUUAAAUGUCACAUUCUGUUUAAUAGUAUAAUACAUAAUUAACAAACAUAUUUUAGGCUUUUCUUCUAA